AUGGGCUGCGGAGCCAGUAAAGACAAAGAUCCUAAAAUAGUUUCCGGAAUUAUUAAAGUAAAGCAAGUUGAAGACGAAGAAAUAGAUCAAAUAGUAGAGCUUCCCCUGAGAGCUCGCGAAGAGGACAUUGACUUAUUUUCUAUAGUAGAAUUGUCAAUUAGUUGUAGUAACCUUCACCACUAUGAGCACUUCAGAGUUCCUGACCCAAUGGUGAUCUUUUACGUUGAAGACGAAUCAGGGGCUUGCACAGAAAAAUCUCGAACGGAAAUUCAAAAUUGUUCACAAAAUCCAUCCUUUAUAACUUCAUUUAAAGUCUCCUAUUGUUUUGAAAAACAAUUGAAAUUUAAAUUUGAUGUCUUUGACAUGAAAGAUCCAAACAACCCGAAUUUAGACAAGCAAGGCUACAUUGGGACCGUGAGGUGCAAUAUCCAUGAAAUUGUCUGUUCACCGACUCGGAGCAUUGCAAGGCAACUGGAAAAUACACAAAAUAAAAGAAAAAUAGGCUUGUUCACUGUGAGUUCGGAAGAAAUGAGCGAUUUAAAUCACCAUGUGAAAAUGCAGUGGGAAAUUGACAGCCGAAACUUGAGAGGGCCACUGUUUAUAAAGCUUUAUAGAAUUUCUCAUGAUAAUGAAGUCCCUAUCUAUCAAAGCGAAACGUCAGAUUCUCAUCCCUUUAGAUGAGAUAUAAUUGAUUUAUCAGUUAAUAAUCUAUGCAGAGGCGAUGACAGGAGAAAAAUAAAAUUGGAGGUCUAUAAAAGUGAUAGGAAGAAAAAUGAAUUAAUUGGAGCUUGCCAGUUUUGUUUAGCAGAUUUAAGGCAAAAUAAUAAUUUCCAAGACUUUAUUUCAUUUGGAGAGAAAACUAUUGCUACAUUAAACUUAAUCGGAUUCCAAUAUGAAGAAAAAGUAACCUUUUUAGACUAUAUUUUUGGAGGCUGUGAAAUUUCUUUAAUUGUGGGAAUCGAUUUCACCAAAAGUAACGGAUUGCCUUCAGCUAAUAACUCCUUACAUUAUUUGGACAUCGACCAUCCCAACGAAUACAUCCAAGCGUUAUCCGCAGUUGGCGAAAUUUUACAAUAUUACGAUUCUGAUAAAAAAAUCCCAGUAUAGCUCAUGCACCUUUAUGGAUCGACCUCAUUGAAAAUGUAACCGCUCUAAUGGACUUCCUAUAUCUUGUACAUCUUAGAAUAGACCCCUCACUAUUUAGAGAAAUAUUUAGACUAUUAUAAAAAAAUCCCUAGUUUUAAACUAGUUCCAUAUAGUUUUUAUAUUAUUGUUUUUUUAAUAAUUUGAAAAAUGUUUUAAAAAAUCAGCAUAAGAUUUUGCCAAAAGAAGCCAAAUCAUGUUUUACAAUAAAAAUAGUUAUUAUCUCUUGAUAUUUGAAAAAUACGAUUUUCGCGGUAAAAUGUUUUGGCCCAAAUAUUGGAAAUUAAAAAUAGCGAGUCAAAAAAUUUUUUGACAAGUGUGAACCAUUUUGACAAUUAAACGAUCCAAUUUUAAAAAAAUAUCUUUAUUAUAAAUAUUAAUUUUUAAUUUAAGAUAUGAUUUUAAAUAAAAAAAUGGCAGAUUUAUAGUGACUAUAGGAAAAAAUGUUACCCCUCAUGGAGCAAGCUCCUAUGAAGAGUUAAGGUCUGAUUUGAUUGCAAAGCUUUAUCAAUUUAAAGGAAUUUUAUUUUACCCAAUGAACUUUUUUUGCUUCGAUUUAGUCUUGAAGAUCUCGUGUUCGCGUUUGAAUUUUUUUUAUGGUAUUUUUGACUUUAAAAAAAAAAUGGCGACUUAUAGUGACUAUAGGAAAAAAUGUUACCCCUCAUGGAGCAAACUCCUAUGAAGAUUUAAGGUCUGGUUCAAAUGCAAAGCUUAAUCAUUUAAUAUAAAUUUUAUUUUGCCCAAUGAACUUUUUUGCUUCGAUUUAUUCUUGGAGAUCUCGUAUUCGCAUUUGAAUUUUUUUUGCUUACUUUUGACUUUAGAAAAAAAAAUGGCAGACUUAUAGUGGCUAUAGGAAAAAAUGUUACCCUCAUGGAGCAAGCUCCUAUGAAGAGUUAAGGUCUGAUUCAACUGCAAAGCUUAAUCAUUUAAUAUAAAUUUUAUUUUGCCCAAUGAACUUUUUUGCUUCGAUUUAGUCUUGGAGAUCUCGUGCUCGCGUUUGAUUUUUUUUUAGGUAUUUUUGACUUAGAAAAAAAAAUGCAGACUUAUAGUGACUAUAGGAAAAAAUGUUACCCCUCAUGGAGCAAGCUCCGAUGUAGAGUUAAGGUCUGAUUCAAAUGCAAAGGUUAAUCAUUUAAUAUGAAUUUUAUUUUGCCCAAUGAACUUUUUUUGCUUCGAUUUAGUCUUGGAGAUCUCGUGUUCGCGUUUGAAUUUUUUUUAUGGUAUUUUUGACUUUAAAAAAAAUGGCAGAAUCUUAUAGUAAGUAUCGAAAAAAUGUAACCCCUCAUAGUGAUGUUCCUAUAAGGAAUAAUAUGAAAUAAAUACAAAGCCUAAUUGUUUAAGCUGAAUUAUUAUUUUUAUUAAAGAGCUUUUAUUUUUCUCAAUAUCAACUUGGAGAUGAUGUGCUCAUAUUAAAAUUUUUUUAUUAAUAUUCUUUAAAUUUAAAUAUUAUUUUUAUUAAUUAAAUUAAUUUUAAGUUAAAAUUAAAUGGACCAGCCAUUUUUUUUAUUUAAAAUCAUAUCUUAAAUUAAAAAUUUAAUAUUUAUAAUAAAGAUAUUUUUUAAAAUUGGAUCGUUUAAUUGUCAAAAUGGUUCACACUUGUCAAAAAUUUUUGACUCGCUAUUUUUAAUUUCCAAUAUUUGGGCCAAAACAUUUUACCGCGAAAAUCGUAUUUUUUUCAAAUAUCAAGAGAUAAUAACUAUUUUUAUUGUAAAACAUGAUUUGGCUUCUUUUGGCAAAAUCUUAUGCUGAUUUUUAAAACAUUUUUCAAAUUAUUAAAAAAACAAUAAUAUAAAAACUAUAUGGAACUAGUUUAAAACUAGGGAUUUUUUUAUAAUAGUCUAAAUAUUUCUCUAAAUAGUGAGGGGGUCUAUUCUAAGAUGUACAAGAUAGGAAGUCCAUUAGAGCGGUUACAUUUUCAAUGAGGUCGAUCCAUAAAGGCUCAUUAGCUAUAUACGGUUUCGGAGCCAAACUUCCCCCUCUUUUUGAUAUAUAGAGGUUUCCUCUAUAUAGCGCUAAAAGCGCAGACAUUUUCCCAGGAGCUUUCCAAGUUCGUCGGACCAAAUCGCUUUUUGGUCCGACCAAGGCAUUGAUUUGGUGCAAACCUACCGAUAAAUUCCGAUCAGAAUUUAUCGGCCUUACAGCGCCAAACAUAGGAAACUUCUAUAAUUUCCCAUUGUUUCGCCCUCAAUGGAAACAUCUUUGAUCCAGAAGUGAAAGGGAUUUCAGAAGUUCUAGAAGCCUAUAAAAGUGCCUUAUCUACAGUUAGACUCCAUGGUCCUACUAUAUUUAACGAACUUAUCCAAACAGCCAUUACAUAUGCCUCGACAAUCCAAGUAUCUCAGAAGCAUCAGCAGUAUUUUAUUCUGCUAGUAUUGACUGACGGGAUGAUCAAUGACAUUGACUACACCAUCGACGAAAUUGUGAGGGCUGGAGAAUUCCCUUUAAGUAUCAUCAUAGUUGGCGUGGGAAACGAAGACUUUUCCAUGAUGGAACAGCUAGAUGCAGACAUCCACCCUCUUUAUUCAAAGCGGCUGAAGAAAAAUAUGAAAAGAGACAUAGUACAAUUCGUGCCGUUUUCUAAGUUUAAGUCAAAUCCAAGCGAUUUAGCCAAAGAAGUGUUAUAUGAAGUACCCAAACAGCUGAUAGCAUAUAUGAAAGGAAAUGGAAUCCUCCCUAACGAAGAAGAAGAUGACAAAAACUUAUACAGGACUAAUACAGCUGGUCAAAAAAUGAUCCCUUCACCACAAAAAAUGCACGAUUCUGCAAUGCUAUUGAGCAGCAUGAAAGAACAAUUUAUAGGCAAAGUGGAAGAGCUGGGCUUUGAGAGAGAAAAAAUAGCUGAAGUUGUGGAGGAAGGAGUUUGCUGUAUGGAUGUAAAUAUAGUUGUGGAGAUUUUGGAACAAAGAUCGUCAAUGACUGUAAGAAAAUCUGUUCUGAGAAAGUCCAAUUCCAAAACUCUGUCAGUGCCUCCGAGUAAGGUGAGGUUUGAAAAUGAUAAUAAAUAUUAUAUCAUAGAUAAAGAUGUCAAUUAA